AUGUCUUCAAACAGCUCCUCCGCCGUCGCAGCCCGAGAGACACAGGCGCUUACAGGGAAACAAGAACAUUAUCUCAAGCGCGAGCUCAUAGCCCAGCAAGUCAAAUUCGAAAUUACCGAGCUAAACUCCCCCACUGCUCUACAACGAUUCGGAGCACCCUUCAAGUCGGACUUUGGAGAGGUGUCGCCGCUGGAUUCUGAUCUGCCGAUUCUGAGGUAUAUUUUCGUCCAUCAUGUGCGCGAGUUCCCGUUCUUGGAUAAGGCAAAGGAGAAGGAGUUUUGGCAGGACAAGUUGCAGGUGUUCUUACAAUCGUUCGCAAGCAAGCAUAUUUCUUCCUCGGAAGAUAGACUGGAAGAGACGAAGCGACGGAAGCUGUCUAUAAAGGCGCAGAAGCUGGUGGAGCUGAUGAUGGUCUCGGGUAUACCUACGGCCUCUGGAUAUGAAGAACGGAUACGCUUUUCCGAGUUGGAGGUUGUGGAUGCGGGGGCUAUUGAAAAUGGGGUUCUAUCGACAAUGCCAGAGGGCCAUUAUCUGAAUGGGUGGGAUGUCAAUGUUGCGGGUGUCAGGACGGUUUCUGUGAAGAGGAAUAUCAGAUACCACAAGCAUGCUGAAUUCAUAUUGAGGGUCAAGAGAAAGAACGAACUCGAAUUCUUUAUUGGAAGACGAUAUGGAGAUUUCAAGAGGCUUCACAACAAAUUACGCACCGAGAUGCCAGGAAAAAUCCUCCCUCCAUUACCAAGGAAGAAUAAGCAAAGCUCUACCGCAUCGAACCUAUUCAGUGCUGUUACUGGUGGUGGUGACGAUGAUAACUCUUCAGUAUCUUCCGUUAGUACCAUGGGAACAUUGAAAGUUGAUACUUCCUUGACCAACCUUUCAAUUCGUGAUCACCGUCGAACCCCUUCCAAAGCUUCAUUUGGGAGAAGCUCUCCUAGACCCAGCACGGAUUCCGGAAGGCCAUUUGUCCCCUCAACUCCAGCAACUCCUACAACUCCAAUUCCCAAUCAAGAGCCUAUCACGUUAUGGCGCGAGAGCCAACGGAUCUCUCUCAGAGCAUUCCUUAGAUCACUUCUAUCUAACCCCCAAAUUGCCAGCACCAGAGCUAUAUCUGAGUUUUUAUCCCAUGAGCCAAUUACACCUACCGAUGCAGAUGUGGAAGAUAUUGCACGCCGCAAAGCUAUGGAUGAGAAGAGAGUUGAAGAGCAGAAGAAGUUCUAUGAGAUUGCGAGAAAGCGUGCUGCAGAGCUGGAUGUUUAUAUGGAGCAAUUCCGCCGUGAUAUUGUAGAAGACAAUGGCCUUACCAAGCUCUUUAAGGAAAUUAAGGAUAAGCCGACGAUCCAGGACCUCAGCGUCCAAUACCAAAAGUUCGCAGAAUGGUUACGAAUUGAGAUUGCGGCUACGAUUUACCACCUCUUCCUUGCAGAAGAUAACUCACCUGAGCUUUUUGCCCAAGCAAAAAAGAUUCAUUCCAUGAUUCCAUAUACCAUUAUCAAGAACGCUAUCCGAAUAGCAAAUCCAGCUGCUGUUAUGUCCAGUAUACUUGAUAUAUUCCUAGCACAGCCAUUCGGUGCCAGAUCACUGAUGCAACGAAUAUUCUCUCUCACAUUGAACGACGGUAUCAGGAGUUUCCAGAAGUCCAUUGAUUCUUUAGUUCUCAAAAUUGGGGAGCCAGUCUUCAGUAAUAAGUUGAAGAAGUUCACUGAUGCUUCCGAAGAAGUAAAAAAUUCCAUCCGAGAAGAAUCUGAGAAUGAGAGCGUCGAUUUGAUCGUUGCUAUUCUCAGAUCAGAAGACAUCGAUCCUGCAUUGAACUCUGAGCAAAUCGGCAAGAUUUACAACUCCUGGGUGGCAUGGAACAAUGUUGUGGACAAUGUCGAUGAGGAGAUGAAGCAGGGUGCACAAUUGUUCUCAUACCUGAAGCAGCUUCUAAAGCUUUACACUCGGCAACGAGACAAGUCGAUGAUGCUGAGCAUGAUUGAGGAGCCUGUCACACUUCAGCUUCUCCGAGACUUAUUCACAAUAUUCUACGAGCCUCUUGUGCGAGUGUACAAGUCAGCAAACGUCUACAACAGCGUUACAGACUUUGCAGUAUUUAUCGAUGACAUGAUCCAAGUAAUAUCCAACCAUCUAAACACAUAUAACCCGCCAACUAACAAAAACCUCCAGGUCGUCGACAAAUGCCGCGAGCAAGACGUAUCCGCUGACCCUAACCAGACCGUGCAAGCUUUCAUCGACCUCUGCCAACGCCACGAACACAACUUCUACAAAUUUGUCCACGAGGUGCACACGCAUGAUAAUGGCCUCUUUGGUCAGUUAAUGGGAUGGAUAGAAGGCAUACUCGAAUUCCUGCGCCACGGUCCCAAAGCCGGCAAACUCGACAUCAACGCCCUAGUCGCCGGCGCCGUCAGUGUCAAGCAACUCUCGAAAGAAACGGCCGUCUCUGAAAUCGACGCCUUGAUCUCGUGGCAAGAAGCACGCAAGAAAUGGCACCAAGACAAAACUCGGCAGAAGAUGGCGGCUGAGGGCAAUGGAAGCAUCAAUGUGGAGAGUGUUCCAGGGGCGCUGCAUUUCAAGAGUAAUGAUUUUGGCAUUGAUCAGAUGGACUUGCAGGAGAUUAAUUAUGAUGAGAGUGAGGAGAGUAGUGAUGAGGAUGAGGCGGAUGAUGAGCUGGAUCCGGUGGAGGCGGAGCGGAAGAGGAGGGCGAGGAAGCAGGAUCAUCUGCGCAGGACAGCGGGGGAGCCGGUGAAGCCUGUUGUGGUUGAGGUGCAGAAGUUGAGGGAGAGCUUCUUGGCUAUGUUGAGAAUGGUGUUGGCUGAGUAG